AUGUUCCAUAAACCGGAGGAUCUGCUGAAACGCACGCCGGUCGACGGCAUUAACCGGCCCGAGUUUUUGCAUCUGCUCGUCCAAGAGUUCCAGAAAACCAACAGUGCGGGUAAAAUUUCUGAUGUCCGUUACUGCCUAUCCGCUCCAUAUAAGCUCGCCUUCGUGUUUUAAUUAGAUUUUUUUUCAGAUUCAAAACGCCAAGUUCUCGCCAACCUUGCCAACUUUGCGUACGACCCCGUUAAUUAUCCCCACAUACGCGCCAACAAAGUAAUCGAUUUGUUUAUAGAACAGCUAAGCUCGAACGACAACAAAUUGAUAGAGUUUGCUGCGGCCGGACUCUGUAAUCUAGCCAACGGUAAUAAUACUUUUGCCCAAAAUAUAAUUACUAUUCAGUUUUGAUUUGUUAGUUGUAUGGAAUUUGUAGCACUUUUUUUCUGUUUCUGAAAACUUUCAUGGAAAAGAAAAAAAAAAUUAUCAUGAAUUAAUUGUGUUAAUAAUCUGAAAUGUAUAAAAUUUCAAUUAGAAACGUAUAAUAAUUGUAAUAUUCUAUGUUUCAUAGUAUAACAUUGAAAAUAUCAUCAAUUGAUGAUAAAUUUAACUAUUUAUUUUAUAGUCCCAUUAGUUUUAUUAAAUGUUCAAUAUUUUGUGAAACAUCAUUUAAUAUUGAAAUUUAGAAAUUUAUUUGGCUUGUUUGAAGGUUUACCUACUAAACAGUAAUAUAUUUUAACUUUAUUUAUUUACAAUGUGUAAACGUUAACUGAAAACAUUUGAUAUCCUUACACUUCUUAGUAAUACACAUUUUUAUGCUCUCUGAUUUUUUUUACUGUUGAUAAGUUACGUACAUGAGCACUUUAUUUUCUUAAAUGCCAACCACCCCUAUUAAACAAUUAUACAUUUUUUCAUAAAUUUUAAUGGUCAAACUACAUCUCUUAGUUCAAAAUUAGCUGAGACAUGGUAAUUUCAAUUUAUUUGAUAUUUAAUAGAUUUGUUACUAUUUUUCACAAUACUUACUAAAAUUGGAGUGUAAUUAACUUGAUUGUCAUUAUUCUCUGCCAUUUAUCAUUUUUUAUCAGACAUUUUAAACUUACUGUCAUUACUUAAUGGACAUAUAUCUAAAAAUAUAAAAUAAUUUUAAAUUGCUGUAUCAAUUAAUUUUUGAUUUUGAAGUGUUUUGACCAUUAGAAUUAAUAAAAAAAAAAAAAUUAUAUUGCACAAGUGCAUAUCUAAUCAACAGUAAAAAAUGCUGAAUGCGUAUUACUAAGUAUAAGAACUAAUUAAAAAAAAAAAAUUCAAAUUGGAUGGCUCUGUGUGAGGAUAUUGUUAGGAGUGUUUUCAAUUAGCGUUUACAUACGGUAUAUUAAAUAAUAACUAUAUAAUAUUAUUUUAUUGUUGCAUAAAGUUAUAGUUUUAUAAUUAACCUAUUUUAAUUAGUGUGCCAUUUUAUUUAUGGAUAAAAAAGUUUAUAAUGAUUUACAAAGGUUUAUAUUGAUUUGAAUUAGUUAGAUUAGGUAUAUAAUAUUUUGAUAAAAAAUUCCAAAAUAAUUUGAAUUGAUUAGUCAGUGUAAAAAUAUUUAAUUUUUUCCAUUUGUUAAUUAAUUAUAAUAUUAUGGUGCCAUAUAUUUUAUUAAAGUUUAGUUUAUUAAUUUUCAGAUCCUUUAAAUAAAGAUUAUAUAAUUGGAAAUGGUGGUCUACCAAACUUGGAGAGAUGUCUAUAUGUAGACAAUGAUGACUUAUUAAUUUCCUGUAUUACAACUCUCAUGUAUUUGUAUGUUCCAGAAAUAAAAACAGGUAAAAUACAUAUUUGAUUAUCAACUUAAAAUAUAUAUUCAUUUUAAAAUCUAAGUAUUAUUAUUUAUCGAAAGACAAUAUUACCCACAUUUAUUGAAUCUACCUAUUCUACUAUAUGUGUGACAUGAAUAAAUUCAUUUCUUUAUUUUACUAAUAAGUGUGAGUUUUGGGUUAAAAUUUUACUACCAUCAUCUGUUUUAAAAUGUGUAGAGAAAUGUUAUGUAUUAUUAUUUAAGUGGAAGUGUUAGUAUUUUUUUUUUUAAUAUUUCAAAUUUUACUUAUAAAAAAAAUAUAUAUAUAAUUUAAAUAUCUAACUGAUAUAUUGUUCUAUUUCUAUACAUUUAUUAAUAAGACAAUAAUUUUGUGAAAUAUAAUGUAACCCUUAGACUCACAUUAUUAGAGGUACAAAAAUUAAAUUGAAUUUACUAGGGUUUAUUUGGUAUGCAUUGGUAUGCAAUUAAUAUGGUUGGGAUUUCCUCUUCAUAAUAAUAUUAUUGCUUAAAAUACCAAUCAUGUUGUAUGCGGUAUUUACUAUAUUUAUUUGUGAAUUAACUAGGUUAAACAAAAAAACACUCUUAUUGAUAUAAUUUAAAAACAUCUUGAUAACUUGAAACAUCUUCAUAUAUUGCAACUGAAUUACACUUUUAUUAUAAUAUUUACCUAGAUAAUUAUUUUAAGUUAUAAAUUAAAACUUGUCAAUUUUUUCAAUUUAUUGGUAAGAAACGAAUAUAAUUUAAGCCUUAUAUAUAUAACUUGAACUUGAUAUUGACUUUAGUUAUAAAAAAAAUAUAGCAUGUAAUUCUACUUUGAUGUUUUUUGUGUCUAAAUGUUACUAGCAUCCUAGUAAGAUAUUUCUAAUUUUAUAUAUUUAUUUUUUGUUAAUAUCAAUUUUAAUAAUUAAAGGCGAAAAUAGUUCCCCGACAAAAAUGUUCACAAUUAUUAUAUUAUUAAUCAAAUAAUGUUUAUUUUUUUUUUUUAACUCUCAUGAGUUUUUUAAUAAUUCUAACAAAAUGUAAUGUUUAAUAAAACAUAUAUGUUAUAAAUUAUAUUAAGAAUAAUUAAUAUUUUACAAAAUGUAUAUUAUAUAUUUUUAUACAUAACACAUAUUAAUAAUUAUUGUAUGUACAUAGUUUUAGCAUUAAAUAUAUUUAGAUAAACAUUUUUUAAUAUCAUUUGAAUGUAAUAGAGUAUUAAUUUUGUAUGCAACUAAACAAAUAAUUAAAAAUUAUAUUAUUAUAAUCAAAUAUUCUGAAAAUUCAAUCAAAGUUUAGAAAUUUUUUCAUUUCUCACUAACAUUAUUUGGUAUUUCCUUUUAAAAUGUUUGAAUUUUCUGUAUUAUAAUUUUAGUUCUAAAGUUUAAAUGAUAUUAUAUCUAAAAUGUAAAAUUAUUUUAAAUAUAAUUUUCAAUGAAUUUAUGAAUUCACUAAUUUACUCUUACUAAGCAUUUUAAUUAUUACUUAGUCAUAUUGAAUUUAUUUUCUUUAUGGUAUUUAAUCUUAUUAUACAUUUUUACCUAUAUUCAUUAGGUAUUUGAAUAAAUUUAAAUAUAUUUAGAGGCAUUGUAUGUUAUGAUUUCAUAAAUUUUGUUGCAUUUUUAUAAAUUGCAUAAAUUUCAUAAAUAAUUUUAGAUAAGAACUAUAAAAUAUUGUAUUCCACAUGUGUUAAAAGUAUGGUCAUUUGAAAUAUUAGUCAAUUAUGUUUAUACAGUUUGACUACUGCACUUUCUAUAUAAAUAUAAACUUUAAUGUUUGUGAUGCAUGUAUUUUAUUAGGAGAUUCCUGGUUUUAUAAUAUUGAGUUAUAAAUUAUUUUUAAAUAACAAAUUAAAAUUUAUGUAAUAUGCGGUUGUUAACAAAUAUUUUAUGUAUGCAAAAUAUAACUUUUUAGUUUGACUAAUUUUUAUUUCUUAAUGACGACUCAUUUCAUAUUAAACAUACAUUUUACUCUGAAGUAUAUAUUAUACAGUUUACCAUUUAAGUUUUAUACAUUGUAUUAUUAUUCAUUAUAUUUAUUUAUUUUUUAAAUUAUGUAUUUUAUUAAAAUAUUAAUACUUAAUUGUCAUAUAAGGUUAUCUCCUAUUUUUUUAUUGAUGUCACUCCGUAUUUAGAUAUAAUGUACCUAAAUAUUUUAAACCGCAUACUACAUGAGAUUUAGUUUUAGAAGAACUUUUAAAUAAUUAAUUAUUAGUUGGUACUGUAUUUUUUCAAAGGUUUUGAACAAUGAGGGUACCAAUGAAGUUAGCUCGUUUAUUUUCAACAAUUCCAUACAAACCUAAGUUAGAACUUUUAAGCAAUCGAAGUCUGAUCAAAAUUGAAGGCGAUGGGAUGUAUGAUUAUUGUCAGGGUUUAAUGACUAAUGAUAUAUUCAGACUUACAACAGAACCGGCUUUGUUUACCAUGAUAUUGAAUUCAAAAGGCCGUGUAUUGUAUGACUGUUUGGUUUAUAAGUUGGACACCCAUAUACUAUUGGAAUGCGAUAGAAAUGAUGCGAAUGACCUAACAAAACACUUAAAAAUGUUUUUAUUGAGAAGAAAACUUGAUAUUAACAUACUAAAUGAUACCAGUGUUUGGGCAUUAUUCGGGUCCACACCUAUGACCGUGGAAUUUAAUUCUGCCAGAGUUUUUAAUGAUCCUCGUAUACCUAUUUUGGGUCAACGAAUUCUAGCCAAUAAGAUUUCUGAUAUAAGAGAUAAAUAUAAAUCACCUUUAGAUGAUUCUGACAAUUUGAAUUAUCAACAGUGGAGGUAUAUAAAUGGCAUUGCAGAAGGAAGUGAAUUGCUCAAAGGCCAAUCCUUCCCAUUAGAAAUGAACUGUGAUUAUCUAGAAGGGAUUAGUUUUAAUAAAGGCUGCUAUGUUGGACAAGAAUUAACAGCAAGAACUCAUCAUACUGGAGUUACAAGGAAAAGAAUAAUGCCUUUAAUUUUUGAUGAAAUACCUACUGGAUUAGAUUUCAAUGAUAAUAUUUACAUUCAAUCUGAUUUAAAUUCAAAAAGACCUCCUGGAAAAUUAAGAGGAUUUUUUGGGAAGGUUGGUAUUGGACUUUUGAGAAUUGAUGAAUGUUUAAAAGCUAAGCAAUUGGUUAUCGGUGGUUUCACAGCUAAAACAUUUAUACCAAGUUGGUGGAAAAUGUAAACUAUUUUAGUUUUGUUGAGAAAAUUUAGAAAAUAUAUGAUGUAGAAUAUAUUUAUUAUUGAUAUACAAUAGCUUUUUUUGAAAAAAUAUACAAUUAUGAUAAAUAAAUUAUUCAAUUUCAUGUAAAUGAGUUUUAUGUUUAAUUCGGUUAAUAAUUACUUAUAUUAUGUUCUUCGUAAUUUAAUUUUGUUUCUUAGUAAUUUAAAUAUUGUAAUGUUUUUAUAGCUUGUUCAAUGUAUACAUUUUUUAUUUACUAAGUGAAAUAUCAAAAAACUUGUUAUUUAUAAAAGAAACAUAUACAUAGUUGUUUUAAAUGAAAAAUGUUGUCAGAAUAUUAGUAUCUUAUUUAUUUUUUUAGUGAAAAAUAUUCAUAAAGAGAAUAGUGUAACAUUUUGUUGUUUGAAAUACCAUAACAAUUUUUAAAUAAUACUUGGUGGUUUAGUUGAGUGUUAAUAAUGUUAUAAUAUUACAGUAGAUAGAAAUGUGCACCCAAUUUAAAUAUUAUUGUAUGUCCAUAUUUGUCCAUGUACUUCCAUAUUAUAAACUUAUCAGAAUUUAAUCUACCUACAAGUAAUUUGAUAUAAUAACUAAAAAAAGUGUCCUAUGAAGAUAUACACAUUGUAAUAUCUCUGGAGAUAAUAAAGAUAAUUAAAUUCAGUUAUCAGCUUGUUAAAACGCUCCAUUUAGCAUUUAAAUAUUUGCAAUUCUUAUCCUCUGACAUAGGCGUGGUAGUUAACAUGUAAAUGAAAAUAAAAAAUUGAAGUGUCAAAAUUUCCAAAAGAAUAAUAAACACUAAUUAAAAUAAAAAGUUAUUUUUUAGUUUGUUUUACCAAAACAUAAAAAUGUAUUUCAAAUUUAAGUUUUUGCAGUCCAUAUCCCUGUGUGUACUAAAAAAAAAAAAAAACAGAAUUUUAUUUUUUAUUAUCUCAGGAGAUAUUGCAAUGGGUACAUUGUCGGGGGACAUUCUGUAUAAUUUAAUAAUAUAUUAUAUAUUGUUACACACUUGAUUUUAUUUUAUUAUUGAUGAGCAUUAAAUCUUUUUAUUUUUUGUAAGACAAACCAGUCAUAAAACUCUUCCCAAGAAUAAUAGGUAAUAUACCUGUGUAUGUAUAACUAGUUAUUUUUGUGUGGUUUGAAACGGAAUUUAGAUUGGACAAUUUUUACAACAGGCCUCUUGAACAAGCUUUAUCACUUUUAUUGUCUAAAAGUUAGCUCCUUCCGUUAUUACACCAAUGCGCGCUUACGCCUUUCAUACUUAUGCUUAUUUACUAGGUGACCUGUUUUUUGAUGUCCAACAUGCAUGGGUUAUGUAACAUGUGACUCUCUGUCCAUUUGUCUAAUGGCAUUAUAUCAUUUUAAACAGGUGGGCGUUGCAUACAAAAGUUCUGUUGGGAGUGCCGGAUACCUAAUAAUGUGUUGGUCGACCGUCUAUUGUCCGGCACCACUGCAGCAGUGUGUUUUUCUAGUUUAAAACCUAUAUACCCAAUUUGUUUAACUAAAUAUUCGCUAAAGCGAAUAUAAUGUUACACAUCAACGUUUGGCGCAUGUGGCUGAAUUUAUAGACGAGCGUUAAAAAAAAAAAAAACAGUAUCUAGGUAUAGUUUAAACUGAAACUAGAAAUUGAUAUUUAUAUGUUGGACUUUAGAUAUUCAAGAAAACAUUUUUAGUUAUAUUUAACCGAAAAAAAUGUUAACUUGUGAUGUUUAUAAAUUUAAGAAAAACUCAAGGAAUAUUUAUUGUUUUGACAUUAAAAAAAAAAAAUAAUUACCUACACAAAUAUUAUUUUUUAUCACAGUAAUUAAUAUUUGUAGCACUUAUUGGUAUUCAUAAUGUAGACGAGCGAGUAAAGUAGGUUACUUAUAAUAUUAUUGUGAUCAAUUAUUUCUACCUGGUUAUCUAUCUGUAAAAAAAUCCUGAAUACGCCGAUUGCUUUUUAGAACGCCAAAAUUGAAUAAUAUUAUGUAAUCUAGACGGUUUUUCGUAAUUAUUUACGAUUAUUAUUUUUACAUUAUUUUUUUAUAAAUUAGGUGAGGGGGAGUGUUCUGAAAAAGUCUCGCAAGUUUCAUCUCGUUUAUUCACAUAAAUUCAUCUCAUGGCGAUUCUAAUGGAAACCAUUAAACCACUCGACUUUAUUACAACUCUGAUGAGAUUUAUAAAUUUGUGGGUUUUAAGUCACUAAAGACCAGACGAUUAGUUUUCAAUGUUACUUUUGUCUACUAACUCCUGAAUAGUGAUACCGACUGCCCGGAAUUAUUCCAAACAAAAUUGCCUUCCUCCUUGAACUUUUGGCAUAAUCAUCGCUUUGCUAUGUGUACCACAGUCUAAAAAUAAUUUGCUCUCUAAUAGUCCAGUGUAUCGUCUACUAAUAACGCGUACUCAAAUAAAGUAUACUAUUGAAUUUUUAGAUUCUGAGUGGAGCGAAGAAACUUAUGGCUUUACAAUGAUGUUAAGUGUUUUUUUUUUUUUAUCUGUGAACAACUUUUAUACCAGAAAUAUUGCUUCGAUUUACAAGUGUGUAGCACUUUUUCUGAAAGGAAAUUUUGACUGGGGAGGUACUUGAGGGAGGUAAUUUUUUGAUUUUCUCAGGAGUUUUCCCUAAAAAUAGGAAAAACCGAGAAAAAAUACGGGAAAAUAGGUAAAUUAUUAAACAAAUUUUAUUAAAGAAAAUGUUUGAUGCAUAUGUAAUUAUUUUAUCAUAAUAUGACAUAUGUAUAUUGUUGACAAAGCAACACUAUCAACCGAAUUCUGCUCAGAAUCGUUUUUUCGUUAGCAGUGGUUAAUCGUUGCAUACAGAUAUACAUUAAAUUCCCGUCUAUAUCCUACAAUCCCAAUUUCCCACCGAAAACAAUGUUCAUCUAUCGUUUAUUGCCCUAACAGCAAUACGUAUCUAUUACCCACACAUAUAUUAUAUUUGUUUGUGAUUUUUUUUUUCUGCAGAUAUCGUAAACCCGUCUGUUGUCGGCCGAGUGUUGUCGCACGCCCGGAGCGAAAACCCCAGGCUCAAGAAUGUGGCCAACAUAUUUCUGACGGACUUUUGCACCGGAAACGACAUUCAAACGGCAACGAUCACCCGACGUCGCCGCCAUCCCGACCAAUAA